ACCUUUUGCGUGUCUAUUUCAUGUACGUGUGUCUGUAUGGCAGGAGUACGGUAAUACGGUCCUCGAGUAGAAUGGUAGGGAUAAAAAAAAAGAAAAAAGAAAGAAAGAAGGAAAGAAAGAAAAGGUUGCCGGGAUUUGGCCUUCCUUUCUCUCGGUGCCGGAACCAUGAAAAAUCGCUUCAUCUCGCUAUGUAACUUAAGCACUGUAAUCGAGCGCUCUUGGAGAUCUUUAGCUCUGUACUCGUACUAGUACUCGUGCAAGUAUGUCUGUAUUUUUCUAGGCACGAUAGCUACCGUUAGUCGAGGAGCCACCCGCUGCUCCUCCUUCCAUUCUACUCUAACUUUCCCGCCUUUCCCUUCUUGUCCCAACCAGCACCACAUCCACCAGAGGCGCACUUCACCUCAUAUCUACCGUACCCAUCCCCCAUUCAUCCACCCAUCCCGAUCCUUACCUUUGCCUCCCUCAUAUCUUCCCGUUCUCGCUGAGUGUAGGGUACCGUAGGCUGUUCUCGCCUCUAAAACCAGCGAGGACUUCUGCGUGGCCGGUUGACUGAGGCGAGAAUUGAAUACGUCUGCAGGUAUUGAACCCUUUUCUAUUUUUUUCACCCUCUUUAAGUUCCUAUUCGCUCCCGGUCCCCUGGUCGCACGAACCCUCUCCACUGUGAACCGGUCUCUGGGCGAGAGAUUGCAAUCGCUAAGCGACACCUGCCCAAGGCUGUCUCAUAAUACAAGUACGGUAAUAACCUUUGGCGGUUCUAGUUCCCAUCGGGGCGGAUAGGGAGGGAGACCAAAAAACUGGGAAAGAGGGUCAGCAAAAAGGGAAGAGAGAGGGAGAGAUAGAGGGAGGGGGAGAGAGUGAAAAAAAAGAAAAGAAAAGGAAAGAAAAGAAAGGCACCGGCAGGCCUUCCUUCUUACCGCUUGAUAUCCUGCCUGUCUGCUGGUCGUUGGACUUGCUUGCUUGCUCGCCCUCUUGCACCUCGUCACCCACUCAGCAAUUAUUGGGCCCAACAACCACACACCUUACCACGUUGUGUCUCGUCUUACUCGAGUACUUCCUCGCUUCACCCGUCAAUUUGUGUUGCACCCACGGUAGUCUUAACCUCCACCUCUUCCUUCCCCCUUCUUCUACCCUCUCACCCCCCCUCCCAAUCCGCCAGCCGAGUUCAUUUUCCCAGCUCGUCUCACACCGCCUCCAGGAUCAACCGCCACUUCGACGGCCUGAUCUUCCCUUCUCUUUACAACAACCUCCCCCCCACAGUCCUUCACUUCAAAGUUUGAACCCCGAUACAACGACUCGUUAAUCGGUACUGUGGAUUUUUUGCAACAAUGUCCAGUGAACCUCCCCCUGAUGGCUCGGGCGGUGGAGAGAGAUCCAUACGCAAGCGGUUUACAACUCAGGUCAAGAGGGUUCUGAGCAUUAGGUCGGGCAAAUCAAGGCGUUCGAUCGUUUCGGAUACUACUGGUGAACCCACUACUCCGGUUACACCUCUGCUGCCGACCGCUGUUAUUCCCCCAAUUGAGUAUGCUCACGCCCCGGUGUUUGGCUUCAAGGUCUUCAGGGCCAAAUCUUCCUUUGUUCGUGACUAACAUUGCAAAAAAAUAGGCCGGCAUCGAGCUCUGUCGUUCAACCGAAGCCCGAGCCAAAGACCCAGGAGAAGGUGGAGCAGGAAAGGGUCAGGACUCGGACUAGACCCGCUGUUCGUCAACCUAGGACUACGGCCACUCCACCUGCCAUGACUGCUGCCGAGCGUGCUCAUGCGCUUUUCAAGAAGCACGGUUUGGAAAUUUCUACAUCUGAUUGGCCUUUGUCGACUGUUCCUCCCGGCGAUCGUGUUCAAAGGGAUAUUCGAAUGAGAGUUCAUCGUACUUGCCAUAAGUGCUCGACUUCUUUCGGUCCUGACAAGAUCUGUAAUUCGUGCAAUCACAAGAGGUGCAAGAAGUGCCCUAGACAACCGUAAGUUUGCACUUCCGUCGUCGUCGUCUAGGAUGAGAUUGGUGGUGAUAUCUAACUGACUCGACUGGGUAUAUAGUGCCAAGAAGCCAAAGGAUAAGGGCAAGGGCAAGGAGAAAGUUGGUGAGAAGUCUGGCGAGAGGUCUUUCCAGAAAGCUGGACGGAAGAAGAAGAAGCCGGCCUACGGCGUCCCUCUCACGCUUCCCAGUCGUACCGGUGGACAGGACCUCGUUCGUAGGCCUCCUCGCCAGAGGGUUCAUCGUAAAUGUCAUCGUUGUCAGACCGACUUUGCUGGGGAGAAGAUUUGCAGGAAGUGCAGUCACACAAGAUGCAAGAAUUGUCCACGCGAGCCGUUAGUGACCCAAAGUAAUCCUAAAUGUUUAGUGGGUAUUCGGACUAAAUAAUUUUUGCGAGCAACAGAUUCAAGAAGAACAAACCGCCCGGAUACUAUGACGGAUUGGAUCCCGAAGAUAGUGAAGAGGACAAGCAGCUUCCUACCCGCCCCCGUCGUACUUACAAGAAACCCCGCCGUAGAGUUCACUGGAUCUGCACGAAAUGUUCUACCACCUUUGUUGAAAAAGCCAAGAUAUGUGAAGGAUGUGGUAGUAAUAGAGAUGAUACGGGCUUGAGGGAUCCGUAAGUUUUGAGUCCAUUGCAUCUGCCUGUGAUAAUUACUGACUGUUUUUGCAAAUAGUCCCAAAAAGACACCUUACAAGCCGACAGAGGAAGACAUCCAGAGGUUGGAUGAGCGUCUUAAGCAGACGUCUCUCUCAGCCGCUUAAUUCUUCCAUAUGUUCUUUUCACGAUAGCUCCUUCUGGGAAGCUUGUGAAUUUAUAUCACGACUUUCUUUUUUUUUUCUUUUCAUUUUUUACCGACAUUCUUCUUCCUGGGCCGAUCGCCUGUUGCCGGUCGCGUGUGUAUACUUUGUGGGUUUGUUCGGCACGAGCAAGUGGGGUCCUCAAUGUGUCGAUACAUCACACUACCCUGUCAAGUCUUUCAAAAAGGGUUUGUGACGGAUGGUUGUGAUUGCAUUUCGUGUGGGUGGCGGGCACUUGGUCUGACAACCAAAACGGGCAUUCUGGAGUUUGCUUUCAUUUUCAUUAUCCUUUUAGUUGAUGAUACCUUGCUGUUUCAUUUUACCCCAUUCCCCCUUUGUUUGAGCGUUCUGUGCAUUCUGGAAUAGUGAUGCUUCCUCGCACAUGAAUUAGUGUUUUUUGCUGUUUGAUCUCUCAAUACCAACCACCAUUCUAUUGCUAAACACCUAUUCCCUAGAACCUCCAAUAUGGCGAAUGCGACAAAGGGUAUUGUGGAGUGGAGAAGAGAGGGAGGGAGGGAGCUUGGGCUCGGUGCGGUGUAUCUCUUUGGUUUCCUUUGCUCAUUCAGUAUCUCACCUCGGUUGCAUUCCUUUAUUGAUGGAUUACCACGGCUGUUCAUGAUAUUACGAAAUGUGAAGAUCAACCCUCCUUUUCUCCCUUCCAUAGAAAUCUUGUGAAUAUCCUUAGACAACCACGUCGAACCUCAUACCCUAUUUUUUCCUUGUAUUUGCACAGGCUUAACUCGUCAUCCUCUCGCUUCUUGUACUGAUUCCUUUUUUUCUUUUUUUCUUUUCGGUAGCAGUUAACAAGAUGGGAAUUAAUCCCCACAG